AUGGGUGAGCCAGCGCCAGAAAGAUUCCUUGGUAACCAGCAUGACUGCCAAUACGCUUCUGAUCCUCGCAAGAACAAAGAUCUGGCUGCUUCGCAAAAUGGUCGUCAUGUUCUUAUUGCUGGUGCCGGGCGCGGCAUUGGGCGAGCGACUGCGGAGUUCUUCGCCCAUACAGAGGCCAAAUCUCUCAGCCUGAUGGCAUUGGAGGCUGCCGAAGUGGAGGAAACGGCUAAGUUGUGCAAGGAAAUCAAUCCGAACCUCACAACCAAGACGGCUGCAUUUGAUGUGAGGGACUAUGCCAAAGUGCAAAAAUUUGUCGAAGAUGUCGACAAAGAAUUUGGCAGGAUUGAUGUUCUGUUCAUGAAUGCUGGUCGGCCACCUCAGUGGUUAGCAACACACGAAUCAGACCCACAAAUCUGGUGGGAUACCGUUGCCAUAUCCCUCCAGGGAGCUUUCAAUUUCAGUCGAGCCGUCAUUCCCACCAUGCGAAGGGAGAACGGCGGAAGCAUCAUCUUCACCGCCAGUGCGGGUGCACACGUCAACAAAGGGAUGACCAGCUAUAUGCUUGGAAAGCUAGGCAUGGUCCGGCUUUGUGAAGCGUUGCAUUUCGAAAACAAGGAUUCUGGCAUCAAGACGUUCGCCAUUCAUCCAGGAGCGAUUAAAACCCGAUUUUAUACCGACUUCAAAGAAGCGGCAGAAGGGAACAUCAAGCCAGAUAGCUAUGUGUCGCAAACACUAGAGGGCGAAAAGAAGUCAGCAGAGACUGCUGUCCACUUUUUCAAGGAGGUAUCCUGGGAUACUCCACAGAUGGCUGCUGGGAUGGUAGUUGCCCUUGCCAGCGGAAAGAUGGAUUUCAUGUCGGGCAGAUAUGUGGAUUGUUCCAGGAAGGUUGACGAGUAUAUUGCGGACAAGGAGAAGAUAAGGUCGAAAGAUUUGCAUCGGGUGAAGCUGAUAGCAGAUGAGAACUGGUUCAUACCUUCGCCUGAGGUAGAGUAG